UGUUAAGGUCUAUUAUUACUGUUAUUUGACUUAUGAUGCCGCAUUUAAAACAAAUAUUCCAGGAAAUUAAAGACUUAUAAGCCACUGAUCGUUAUUAGCAUUUUUCGGAAAAUGUAUAAUUUUAACUUAUUAAUUCACACAAAAAAGUACUGAAAAUGAUUAUUGUAGCAAUAUGCGUCAGCGGUCAGAUGUGGAAAGGUCCAAUUGUCAAAAACACUCACCAUAUCGUGUUAUCUUCACAGUUUCACAAACAAACCACCCGUGUUCCCGAACAAAUACUAUGGUUCAUAGAUAUUUUGAUAAAUGCGUGUCAUCUACUGGUUCAUAUAACCACGGUCCUGGUUUUACGCUUAUCUAUGACUGUAACCAAUAAUUAGUCAAGGCCAUAGUUAAGCUAAAAUUCGUAUAUUAGGCUAACAUUAUUAAUCAUAAGUAUAGCAUUUCACCAUCAUUAUUACUGCAUUAUUUAACAUUUUAUUUAGAACACUAAACCAAAAUAUUAACGGUAAAAAGAGAUCUAUCAAAAGAUUUUAACGACAAAUUUAGGUAGUGCUGGAUGGAUUAUAUCGUCUGUAAGAUGAUGCUAAAUGUUGCAAAAUGUUCAAUUUAUCUUAAUUUUCUAAGUACUGAAUGGAGCUGAAUCAUUUUAAGAAUGAUAUUCAACUUUCACAAGUGAAUCUCUUAAAAUUUCUCAAUGCCUUAUCUUAGUUUUCCAAAUAAUAAGUGAAUUCAGUUAAAUUCAGUGUUUGCAAUCAGACCCUUACCCUUUCUCACGGGCACCCCCACCCUCCAAACAGACCAUGCAACCAAACCGCCACCCGUUCUCACCCGCACACAUAUAGGCAAUCUCACAACCUCUGCAUUAAACGAGAUGUCUUCUGUUCUUCAAAAUUUCACAGUACAAAUUGCAUAUUUCAGUGGCAACGUACUGUGUUAAUUCUCCAACCGAAGGUAAAUAUGCUCUGUUAAGGGUUAAUAGAAAAAACGUAAAAUAUGACAAAAUCAAUAUCAUCAAUGAAUCACAGGAUACAUCAUCAUCUACAACAUGUGAUCAAAGAAUGUUUAACGAGGAUGCUGACGAUGUUUUAAACCUCAAGAUAUUAAUCGAAGAUGAUAAUAAAACAUCUCCCAGUUGUUACCAUACAAAGACGGACAGGGAAGUCUUCAAAUGGACAUUAAGAACAGAAGAAGUGUCUGGUUUUUAUGGUUACUAUGACAGAUUAUAUGAACUGAGUUGUGAUUUUAAAACAGCAGAAACGUUGACAAGAAACAACAAACAGACUUUAAGUGGUAUAUAUCAACCUAGCAAAGUAAAUGUCAUCCAGACUACCGAGGACGUCCAGCUCUUCAUUCAGAACCCAGCAACAUCCAGUCGUGUUUCUCAAGUACAGAUUGGCUCCAGAAUUCAACUGGCAAUGCUAUUAAUUAAACGCGAUGACAUAACAGCCUCCGGUAUUUCACCAUAUAAUUGUUCCUGUUCUACACCUGAUGGGAAAACAGUUCACCAACUUACAGACUCUAGUGGAUGUCCUGUACGGGAUUCCCCUGUAUUUGCUUUAACCGGAAGUAAUGGCUCUUUCAUAACAUCAAAUAUAUUUGAUGCUUUCACAAUUAAAGGAAGUUUAGGUCUCAUCUUCAGUUGUAGUUUUGAAUUCUGUUUUGAUUCAAAAGAAACAAAGUGUGCUGAUAGAUGUAGUGAUCUGCGAACUCGAUCAAUACUCGGGACCAGAGCUAGAACAAAACGAUCAACAAAUGAGAAUAGAAAGAAUGGUCAAGCAUCAGCUUAUUUAUUGUUGAUACCAAAAACACAGGACAAACAAACCGAUACGAACAACAUCUCUGUAGACUCUGAAGGUACCAUUUCCAAACACUUCACUGUUAUAACUGGUUCCAUCUUGGUAUUGGUACUGUGUGGAGGUUUGGUCGCUGCCGUGCUGCUUGUCCGAUCUAGUCGCAUUAGAAAUGUUAUGAAACAAACCAAUGUGAAAAUAACGGAAUAACUUUAUAAAAGAAAGUUAAAAUGAGAAUUUAAAUAUUACCAAUAAUAUCCACAAUUUCAUGAUUAAAUCUGUAAUUUGUACUUUUCUCUUAUCGAUAGUUAAUUUGUCUUGAAAUACUUUAUGGUUCUUUAAUAAAUUACUGUUAUGUCAUUA